AUGGCGAGGGCCGCACAGUUCCUCCCGUUGCUGCCGAUAGCAGGCACCGUGGCCGGAGUAUCACAGCUACCGGCAAUCGUUGUUUUCGCUCUAAACCUGGGUGCUCUCGCUGUUCUGAUGAACUGGAUUCUAAGAUGUAUUCAUGUGGUUUCUGUCCAUUCUGGAAGACUCACCCAUGAACUACUCAAAGGAACACUGGGGAAUGGCGUUGAGCUGAUGAUCGGAGUCAGUUCUAUCAUCCAAGGUGUGCCCUCAAUUUCCAGGUCCAUCAUUCUGGGCAGUAUCCUUUGCAACCUGUUGCUAGUCCUUGGCAGUGCAUUGUUCUUCGCGGGUUAUGACAAGAAUCGGUUACGAUUCGACCGCACUCUGACAACCACCCUGUCUUCACUGAUGAUGGUAGUGUUCAUUAUGCUAGCCAUCCCGACGGCCAUGGAAGCUCUGUCAUCUCGCAAGGAUGUCACAGACGAAGACACGAUGAUGACACUGCACAUCACCGCCAUUACCCUGAUCGCUCUUCUGUGCACAUUUCUGUUCUUCAGACUGCGGACUCACGCAGAUAUGUUUGCCGGAACUCCAUUUCAUGACGGUUCAGAGCGUCGAACAUCUCACGGUACCUUGAGCCCGCAAGCGCUACCCCCGCUCACCGGGCGCUCCCGUACGGCAUUCAUUCUGCUGGCUGCAUCUUCGGGCACGCUUACUUGUGCUUUUCUACUUGUUCGCAGUAUUAGUGGAGCUGCGAAGACACUGGGAACAAAUUCGUCUUUCCCGGUCCUUACUCUGGUGCCACUAAUCGGGAACAUUUCGAAAUAUCGCGCGACCGUCGAGGGGUCCCGCUACAACGACCAGAUUGAACGUGGGAUCCGCGCUGUGAUCAACACCAUUUUGCGACUCACGAUGCUGGUCGCACCCGUUUUGGUCCUGUUUGGUUGGAUCUUUAGCCAACCGCUCGUGCUGAAGUUCGAUGAAUUCGAGACUACCACUCUGCUGUUGAGUAUUGUUGUGAUGACUUACCUUAUUGCGGAUGGGCGAAGCAACUACUUUGAAGGAUUGAUGUUGAUUGGAACGUACUUGAUCAUGUCAUUCUCUUUCUACGUACGCCCGGAGACAUCGUCGAAGGUCGAUUGGGUCGGGCCAUAA